ACUGAUAAAAUUGAAAGUAUAAGUCAAUUAUGCAGAAGUGAGCAAGAAUUACGGGGUAAAGAAUUCAAAAACUAAAUUUGAUGACUCAUUGAUCAGAUCAUGAGACUACGAUACAGACAACAGAUAGUUCCGUCUGAGACUCACUCACUCACUCUCAUGUCAAUUUUCCUAACUGCUCUUUUGGUCUGAAGUGAUUCAGUAUCAUCAAUGGCGAUUCGUAGAGCGCAAACCUUACUCUGUCUUUCCAAAUUAAAAACCAGUUUCUUCUCCGGCUCCUAUUUGAGGUUGCACAGAUUCUCUUCGUCAUCAUCGCAUCUUUCAACUCAAUUCCAGGAUGUUGGCUUUAUUGGGCUUGGGAACAUGGGAUCAAGAAUGGUGAAUAAUCUAGUUAAAGCUGGAUUUAACGUUACAGUUCAUGACAUAAACCGUGAUGCUAUGAAGAUGUUUACUGACAUGGGAGUCUCUGCUAGAGAAACUUCUUAUGAAGUUGCUCAAGAUAGCCAAGUUGUGAUUACCAUGUUGCCUUCUUCAUCACACGUGAUGGAUGUGUACACAGGAACAGAUGGGUUGCUUCAUGGAGACAACGCUAUAAGACCUGCUUUGUUAAUAGAUUCAUCUACCAUUGAUCCACAGACGACACGGAAAAUCUCUCUUGCGGUUUCCAAUUGUAAUUUAAAAGAAAAGAGAGAUAAUUGGGAAAAGCCUGUCAUGUUGGAUGCUCCUGUCUCAGGAGGUGUCCUUGCUGCAGAAGCUGGUACACUUACUUUCAUGGUUGGAGGUCCUGAAGAUGCUUUCUUAGCCGCAAGACCAAUACUUGAGUCAAUGGGCAGAACUUCCAUCUACUGUGGUGGUUCAGGAAAUGGAUCUGCUGCAAAGAUUUGUAACAAUUUGGCAAUGGCUGUGAGUAUGCUGGGUACUUCAGAAGCUUUAGCUCUUGGUCAGUCACUUGGAAUAUCUGCCACCACUUUAACACAAGUGCUAAACACAUCUAGUGGCCGAUGUUGGAGUAGCGACAAAUAUAAUCCAGUUCCAGGAGUGAUGAACGGUGUGCCCGCUUCAAGAGAUUACAAUGGCGGUUUCGCCUCCAGACUUAUGGCUAAAGACUUAAACUUAGCAGAAGCUUCAGCUGAAGAAGUUGGACACAGGAGCGUAUUGAUAUCCAAAGCACAAGAGAUUUACAAGAAGUUGUGCGAGGAUGGGCAUGAAAGAAAGGACUUUUCGUGUGUUUUCAGACACUUCUACAAUGGCAAAGAUGAGGUCUGAGGCAAAUCUUUACAAUGACCCUGCAAAAAAAAGUAUAAAAAGAUUUCUUUGUGCAUUUACGUUGUUUAUUUCCAUUGCUAAGAAAUGAAUAAAUCUUCGAAGGAUUGUGAUGUUAAAUUGUUAAUAAAACGAUUUGAAAUGUAAUUAGUUUGGACAUCUCUAGUCUGAACAUGACCAUCGAGCUCAAAGUCCAAGUGUUUAGUUAGUUGAGCUACUUAAUACAGAAACCUUUUU